CACUUUCCAAUCCCGCUACACACACUCUCUCUCCCUCCAUCCCUCCCUGAAGCUUCUCUCUUUCUUCUCUCCUCAUUUGGUGGGAUUUUCAGAAGCUUCAGCUGCCACUACUUACAGGCAUUGCUCUUAAUUUGGUCUUCCUGUGUGAUGGAAAAGCUUCUGAAGCUGAUUUCCAUUUUGGCAGUGUUUCUGCAUCUGUGUGCAUAUUCCGCCAUUGGUGGGCAUGACUAUGGGCAAGCUCUGAGUAAGAGCAUUCUGUUCUUUGAAGCUCAGAGAUCUGGUGUUCUCCCCCAUAACCAGAGAGUCAGUUGGAGAUCCCAUUCAGGUCUCCAAGACGGCAAGGCCAGCGGGGUGGAUCUAGUAGGAGGGUACUAUGAUGCAGGGGACAAUGUGAAGUUUGGGUUACCCAUGGCAUUUACCGUUACAAUGAUGUCGUGGAGCAUCAUUGAAUAUGGGAAGCAAAUGGCUGCUAACGGAGAGCUUGGUCAUGCCAUGGAAGCUGUCAAAUGGGGCACUGACUACUUCAUCAAAGCCCAUCCUCAACCCAAUGUCCUCUAUGGAGAGGUGGGAGACGGUAACAGCGACCACUACUGUUGGCAAAGACCUGAGGACAUGACUACUGACCGUCACGCUUACAAGGUUGAUCCCAGCAACCCUGGCUCAGAUCUCGCUGGAGAAACUGCCGCUGCAAUGGCUGCUGCUUCCAUUGUUUUCCGCCACUCUAAUCCUUCCUAUUCCGCCGAGCUCCUCCGCCAUGCCUAUCAGCUAUUUGAUUUUGCGGAUAAAUACAGAGGUAAAUAUGACAGCAGUAUUACAGUUGCACAGAAGUAUUACAGAUCCAUCAGUGGCUACAAUGACGAAUUGCUAUGGGCUGCUGCAUGGUUGUAUCAAGCAUCUAACAACCAAUACUACUUGGAUUACCUUGGUAGAAACGGUGAUUCCAUGGGUGGAACUGGUUGGGGCAUGACUGAAUUCGGUUGGGACGUUAAAUAUGCUGGGGUUCAAACACUAGUGGCCAAGUUCCUAAUGCAAGGGAAAGCAGGUCACAAUGCAGCAGUGUUUGAAAAGUAUAAGCAGAAGGCUGAGUAUUUCAUGUGUUCAUGCCUUGGAAAGGGUUCUCGCAACGUUCAGAAGACCCCUGGCGGUCUCAUCUUCCGCCAGAGAUGGAACAAUAUGCAGUUUGUGACAAGUGCAUCUUUCUUAGCCACUGUCUACUCCGAUUACCUUGCUUCGUCUCGCGGAACCUUGAGGUGUUCUUCUGGCAAUGUUGCUCCUGCUGAGCUUCUCAAUCUUGCUAAGUCUCAGGUGGAUUACAUUCUUGGGGACAACCCAAGAGCCACCAGUUACAUGGUGGGGUAUGGAAGCAACUUCCCUCAGAGAACUCACCAUAGAGGUUCAUCCAUUGUUUCCAUCAAGGUUAACCCUUCAUUUGUUAGUUGCCGUGGAGGCUAUGCAACUUGGUUUAGCAGCAAGAAAAGCGACCCCAACCUACUCACCGGUGCUCUUGUUGGUGGUCCUGAUGCAUAUGAUAAUUUUGCUGAUGAAAGGGACAACUAUGAGCAAACUGAGCCAGCAACCUACAACAAUGCUCCUUUGAUUGGUAUUCUAGCAAGAUUAAGUGGAGGUCAUGGUCGCUAUAACCAGCUCCUUCCAGUUGCUGUUCCAGCUCCCAAGCCUGUUGUCACCAAGCCCCAACCAUCAUCCCCUGCUAGUCCCAAGUUAACUCCUACUCCAGUUUCAGGAGCAGGUCCAAUAUCCAUUCAACAGAAAAUGACCACUUCAUGGUUUGCCGGUGGAAAAACAUACUACAGAUACUCAACAGUGGUCACUAACAAAUCCAGCAAGGAUCUCAAGUCUCUCAAUCUUUCAAUUUCCAAGCUUUAUGGUCCAAUCUGGGGCCUCACUAAGUCUGGGGACUCGUACACUUUCCCAUCGUGGCUUCCCUCAUUAUCAGCUGGUAAAAGCCUUGAGUUUGUCUACAUUCAUGCUGCCUCUCAAGCCGACGUCUCGGUUGCUAACUACUCGUUGGCCUGAGAUUGAUCAAUUUGGUUUGAAGUGAGAUGGGAAUGUUUCUGCUCUGUUGUGUAAGAAAUGUGCAGCAAUGAGUGGAAGUGGUUCUUUUCAUUUUCCUCUUCCAUUUCGUUGUCAAAUUUUCUUUUCUUGUGUAUUUUGCAUUUAAUUAGGUUAGAUUUCUUUUAAGAAAAAUAGGUAGAGUUAUAUAUAAGAUGGAAGGACCGGAGAAGAAAGGAGUGAAGAGACAAAUAAGUGCUCAUCCUCUCUCUUCUUCGCUUUACAACUUAUAUACAGUGCGUGAGUGAAUGAGUGAUAUAAGACAAGACAGAAAAAGAGCUAUUGUUGACGAGUUUCAAAAAUGGGAAACUUGUCAAUACUUGGAAGAGUUCAGAGAAGAGUCAUCACUAGUAAUUUUUUAACAGCUUUGGAUGUCUUUUCUAUGUUGUGAUGUUGUAAGCUUUGCAGCAUUUUGUAUUUCGAAGGAUAACAGUUUGUGCAAUAGUAAUAUAUGUAUUUGUGAUGUGCAA